AUGGAUGAGAAGUUACACAAGAUCCAAGCAACGAUUAGAGAUCAGCUUAUAUCAAAGUUUGCUUCCUCUCUACACGAAGGGGAUCUGUAUUUGAUGAACCAUUUUACAGUUGUACCAAACACUGGUAUGAACAGAGUGACCACUCAUCGGUUCAGACUUUUGUUCCAAUACAAGACCUCUGUUGUUUCUGUGGUAUCUCCAAGGAUCCCGCAUUCCGGUUUGUGUUUGAGAUCAAUAGAUGAAAUUGAUCAAAUGACAACCGAGCACAAUUUCCUUAUUGACUUUGUUGGGAUCAUUACUGGUGUUCGAAAAGAAAGAGAUGUAGCAUCAUAUGGGAAGCUGAUCAAAGUAAUUGUGCUAGAAGUUUUCACUCAUGGCAAAAAGGUCCAAUGCAAUGUCUUUGGAGAUGCUUGUGAUCUUUUGGAGUAUGAUAAAUUACAAAAAUAUCCAAGAUCUCCGUUGAUUGUGCUCGAGUCUUUUAAAAUCAAAGCAAUUGAAGGUGGAGUAGUUCUACAGAAUGUGAUCAAUGUCUCUAGGUUAUUUAUUAAUCCCGACAUUCCUGAGUCUGUUGAGUUCCUAAGCAGAUUUAGUGUAUCCAGUUAUGGAUUCUCAAGACUUGUGAGCAAUGAUCUUGGAUACUUAAUUUCUAAAGUUGAUGGUGAUUAUUUCAAUCCCAAAGAUAUCUGUAAUAUUCAAGAUAUUCAUUUAGAUAACGGGGAUGCUCAUUACUUUGUUAUUGGGACAAUUAAUGAAGUUAUGGAUGAACCAGAUUGGUGGUACUACUCAUGUGUGUGUGGUCAUGCUGUUGUUGACCAUGAGGAUCUCUACCUUUGUGAUGCUUGUGGUUCAUGUGUUGAACAUGUGUUGGUCAAGUAA